UUACUGAGUGACAUCCUGCAGGCUGUGGGGCACCUGCAGCCAGACAGAGAGAGGCAGGCUGUGUGUGUCAGCGUGGGAAAGUCGGAGUGCAGUGAGAAUGAGAGGGAAGUCGUUUUUGUGAUACCCUUUUCCCUUUGAAACUGCAUGGAACAAGUGUUCCAGAAGAGGAGUGAGGGCAAGGUAGCCUGGCCUGACAGCAUGGGAGGAGAGGAAAAAGAGGACUCUGGCUCCUUCAUGGAGGAGGAUAUAGAGGUUGAGUUAGACUCAGGUUUUUGCCUGGAAGCAGAGUCAGAGCUGAGUCUAGCAGUGCAGGUAAACUCAGGCUGUGAUGAAAGUCCAGACAUAAACAAGCUGGGCCGGUCUGUGAAUACAGAGCACACAGAUGCUGACGGUGAAGAAGAUGGAGAGAGUCACACUCAGGAAGAAGAUGCGACGGAGGCUGACUCUCAGACUGAGGAGACUGAGAGAGUGUUUGAUGUGUGUUUGUGUCCAGCAGAAGAGAGAGGGGCUCAUGUACGAAUCUCUCUGGAGGAGGUGGAAACAUACUACAGAUUUUCACGCUACUGCCACUGGCUGCAUAAUGAAAUCAUGCAGCUGGAGAGCAGUCCUCUCUACGCUGCUGACAUCACCCCUGACCUCAGGAAGCAGUUUGCCUUCCUUACAGGGGGUAGAGGAGAUAAUGGCAGCCCCGUCAUUGUGUUCCCAGAAUUCCCUGCAUUUGGAGAGAUCACAGACAGAGAGUUUCAUAAUGUCCUGACGUACUUGACCAGUGUACCCAGUUUGUCGUCGACAGGCGUGGGAUUCAUCCUGGUCAUUGAUCGCCGGCAGGACAAAUGGGCGGCUGUUAAAGGGACCCUGCUUCGUAUUGCAGGCUCCUUCCCAGGGAACCUCCAGCUGGUUCUGGUUCUGAGGCCCACCGCUCUCCUACAGCGCACACUGUCCGACAUCCUCUUCAAGUUCAACAAGGAUGAGUUCAAGAUGAAGGUGCCGGUGAUCAUGCUGAGCUCUGUGACUGAGCUGCACUCCUACAUCGACCGCUCUCAGCUGACACAUGAACUCGGUGGAACACAGGAAUACUGCCAUGAGAAGUGGAUCUGUCAUCGCACUGCUAUUGAAGGCUUUGCACUGAUGGUGAAGAAAACUGCACAGACCCUGCAGACAUUUGGAACCGAGCUGGCUGAAACUGAACUCCCAAAUGAGAUCCAGGCCACAACCGUCCUGCUCAGCACACACACCAACAAGAAGGACAAAAUGAAGGAUGAUCUGCUGGUGGUUCUGGAUCAAGGUAACAGCCUGCUGGAGAGCAUCAAUGACCCUGUAACGCGGAAUCCUGACCACAACAUGAACCAGGAUGAACUGGAGAACCUGGCCACUGUACAAAGACUGCUGUCUCAGCUCGAUGAGACAGAGAGGGCUUUUGAUGAAUUCUGGCUGAGGCAUAAAACCAAACUGGAGCAGUGUCUGCAACUGCGCCACUUUGAGCACCACUACAGAGAGGUGAGGGCUCUGCUGGAUCAGGUGUCUGAGAAACUGGCAACCUUAUCUGACGUUGGCGUCAGCCCAGCCCAUGAUGAACACAUCCUCUGUGAACUCACCACCUAUGAGGAGAAAGUCUGUGAGGUGCUGAGCAGAGCCUUGGCCUUGUCUCGUGAGGGUGAUGAACUCAUCCAGAAGUCACACUACGCUGAAGAUUCCAUUCAGCCCAAAUGCAGCGAGCUCAGAACAAUCAGUGAGAAUGUGAGCAGCAGCCUGAAUGCCAAAAAGGAACAUCUCCUCAAAGUCAUUGAGCUACACCAGUGUUUGGAGAGGGCAUCUAAAUGGGUUGAUGAUGGUAUAUACCUGCUGGCAUCUCAGCCAGUCGACAAGUGUCAGUCACAUGAGGGCGCUGAGUUAGCUCUGCAGGAGCUGGAGCGCUAUCUGGAUCAUUCAGGCCACAACCAGCUGCCAGACCUCAGCACCAUCUGGAGAGAAUAUGACGCAGUGCUCAACCAGCAAUUCAAGGACCAAGUGGAGCGAGUUUCCCAGAAGCAGGUGUCCAUGCAGGAGAUGUACGACAAGAGGAGGGUCAGUCUGAAGAAGUUAGCUGCCAAACAAACCAGGCCGGUGCAGCCCGUAGCACCCAGACCUGAGGCCUUCAUCAAAUCUCCCCACAGCUCACCAGCUCACAGAGAAAAGCAGGAGAACAACUGCUCAGAGACAGACUGUGGGAACAACUGUGAGAAAGGAAAUGGCCAACUGCAGAAUGGACACAGUAUCAGCAGACAUGCCUCUCUGUCUGAGGAGGAGGAGAACUUGGCAGUGCUCAGGAGGCACGUUAUGAAUGAGUUGCUGGAAACUGAGAGAGCUUACGUUGAGGAGCUACUCUGUGUGAUGCAGGGCUAUGCCUCUGAGAUGGAUAAUCCAGCGAUGUCUCACCUCAUCCCAACUGCUUUACAAAACAAGAAGGAGGUUCUGUUUGGCAACAUGCCUGAAAUUUACCACUUCCACAAGAGGACUUUUCUGAGGGAGCUGGAGCAGUACACAGACUUCCCAGAACUGGUUGGAAGGUGUUUUCUGGAGAGAAUGACAGAUUUGCAGAUCUAUGAGAAGUACUGUCACAACAAGCCUCGCUCUGAAAGUCUGUGGAGACAGUGCUCAGACUGUGCCUUCUUCCAGGAGUGUCAGAAGAAGUUGGAGCAUAAACUGGGUUUAGAUUCUUAUCUACUGAAACCUGUGCAGAGGAUCACCAAAUAUCAGCUGCUACUGAAGGAAAUGCUGAAGUACAGUAAGGGCUGUGAGGGGGCAAAUGACCUGCAGGAGGCACUGACCUCCAUUUUAGGCAUCCUCAAGGCUGUCAAUGAUUCCAUGCACCUCAUCGCCAUUACAGGAUAUGAGGGUAAUAUGGGUGAGCUGGGAAAGCUCCUGAUGCAAGGUUCAUUCAGCGUGUGGACAGAGCACAAGAAAGGUCAUGCCAAGGUCAAGGAUCUGGCCCGUUUCAAGCCCAUGCAGAGACACCUCUUCCUGCAUGAGAAAGCCCUGCUCUUCUGCAAAAGGAGGGAGGAGAAUGGGGAAGGCUACGAGAAAGCUCCCUCCUACAGCUUCAAACAGUCUCUGAAUAUGAGUGCUGUGGGCAUUACUGAGAAUGCAAAGGGUGACAACAAGAAGUUUGAAGUGUGGUGCAACUCAAGAGAAGAGGUUUAUAUUGUUCAGGCAGCAACAACUGAAAUCAAAACCACAUGGGUAAAGGAGAUCAGGAAGGUUCUGACAACUCAGCUGGAAGCUUGCAGAGAAGCCAGCCAGCAGAGGGCGCCAGACCAGGUUUUCCCAUCCCAUUCCACAUCCAGUGGAACAGUGAAUCUCAGUCCUUUCAAGACUGGUCAGAGGAGCUUCAAGAGGGGAGAGGAGAAGAAAGUCGAGCCCUGCAGCCCUGACAUCAACUCCUCCUCCUCAACAAAGCCCCCAGGAAAAGAAGAUGAGACUGUGACAAGCCCCACCUCAGACAGAGCAGCUGUGGCUAAAAAGCGCUUUACUUUACAAGGUUUCAGUAACCUGAAAGCUCAGAAAGGUUCCCCCACAAGCCCUGACCACAAGACGAAGCGCCAGAGUGACCCUACUCCAUUCGGCUUUAAAGACGCAGGUCCUCCCCAUCUCCACCUGAGCAGGGCCAGAUGGCUUAGCACUUCUAGUCUAUUACAGACAAAAUGGAGAGGCUGGAACAAGGCUUCCUUGUUAAUGGAUGCCUCUGAGGAGCAUGAUGGCUACUCCAGUGCUGAGGAUCCACUCAACUCUGACCCAGAGGAUGACAGUGGCAAGAAGCUGUGUGCUGGAAAGUAUACAGUGAUGGCUGACGAUGAGGAAGGCAACGCUCCAGAACUGUCAGUGAGGAGCGGACACAUGGUUCAGCUGGUCAGAGAAGGAGAUGAUGGACAGUGGUUGGUGCGUAAUCUGAGCACCUCUAAGGAAGGCUGGAUUGCUGCUGCUAAUCUCAUCGCACUCAUUGGGAAGUCCAAGUCUUGCCAGUCUCUCACCAGUUCAGAAGGCAGUGGCUCUGGAAACCUCAGCACAUCGUCCAGCUGCAGUGAGACCUACACGAGCUUCUCUGACAUCAAACCCUGAACUCCACAGCACUUCCUCCAUCACCGGACUGCCCUCUUGAAUGCUAGCAUCACGUGGCUAUUUGUGCUGUAAUGCCAACAUCAGUACUUGUCAGAUUUCCUGUAAUAAUCUAUUUUUUCUCCCACACACCAAAUGUUAAAGACAUUGGCACCAUUGCACAUGGAGGAUACAGAAGAGAUGAAUAUGUUGCAUAAAGUCAUCAUUGUCCUCUAUUCACACACGUUGUUUGUUUUUAUGAGGGAUCUGUGUGAUUAUAAUGUAAUAGAUGUAUGGAUGGGCCAGCAGGACUGAUCUCAGUUAAUGCAUCUAUUUGUGUUGACCCUUUGUUUACAUUUCCACUGUAACUGUAUUAAAAAAGGAAGGGAGAAGUACAUUCAGCAUUGACUUGAAAUAAUGUUCCUUGAGAGAUGCUCCCCCCUACAUGUUUAUUUAUUUGUCAAAAACAAAGCACCUACAUGUGUUUAACAUUUGAUUUGAGAUUACUUUUCUCUUUUUCCAUCUUUAUGUUUUUUCUCUCCCUGUGUGGUCACUCACAGUGGAAAUCUCUUUUGCCUCAAGCUCUCUGGACUUCUGUGUGUGGGCUUCUAUUCUUUCCUGGUCUGUGAUGCUGUGUGGGCUUCAUGAUCUGAAUUACUGUGUUUUGUUUUUAUGUACAUUAUAGAUUAAAUAUGUUCCUGUGAAUAAUCAGAAAUCAUUGUAUAGCGCUAACUUAUUCCCUGUGGUGGGACCAUAUUCUGAAUGUAGAUAUUGUUUAUUAAUAUCAGUCCAUUAUGAAAUGUUUGUUAUUGGAGAUGCUAUAUUGUACAUUGAGUAAGGUGGUGUCACUACUUGUGACUUGUUUAUUUUUUUUAUAUAUAUAUAUAAACAAUUUGUGAUAAUUCAA